AUGCAGCCGGAUGCGAAGUCUACUCGCUUUCCAAAUCGACCCAUACGGCCACUCCCCCAGCGCCGCCAACCAACUAGGCAGUCACAAUUACGAUCGAGCUCUGCGCUGAUUAUAGACCCCGAACUAUCAAAGUACAGACCGGAUAGUGACAAGAUACAGCGCCCUUCUCUUGAUAUAUAUCCUUGUCCCCCUACAGAGGGGUUUCUUAUCGAUCAGCGCAGCGCGUUUGAUACUGGGCAUGGCCGACAACCCUACAAUGACACGGACUGUGUCUCGGGAAGCUUGAAUAUUUCAGAACAUACAAGUGGUUAUGAUGCUCUAGAAAAUGCAAACAACAAAAAGAAACGAAAGAUCCCUUCGCUGACGGACGUUCCGCAAGAACAGUCUGUGCUUUAUCAACUACCACAAGAGACAAAGCAAGAACUCAUUGAUAAUGGACUAAACAGCCCCCAAUCCACACUAAAUCACCAAUCUGCCAUCAUAAACCGACAAAGUUUGAAUAGAGAGAAUGUUAGGAGUAAACAAGGUCGAAGGAAACCUCUGAGAGCCCGAUCUGAUACUUCAAACACGCUAUCGAAACUGAAGCUCGAACGCGAUGCUGGUGCAUACGAUUCUAAAAUGCUGUCCAGCACCAAUACAUGCACCCUUGAUGGACAGGAAAAUGCUAGCUCCACUGGCACAGACGUACUGAACUCGCCCAGCUUCACCUUUACUUGCAAUUCCCUGAAUCAUGACACGCUACUUUGGCCUGAGAAAUCACCAUCUAGCAUGCAAAGCAGCACUACUAAUAGUAUCGCAUCUCCGAAUACAUUGGAUGCUGGUAUAGGCGAGCGUCCUAUUAGGCCUCGCAGUAGGCGCCCGCUCAGCGAAGUUCUCCAUGCCGCUGCGGAUUAUCGCCGCCGCAUAGCAGCAGCAAAACAAGCUCGAUCACCUCCAAAACAGGAAGAUGUCUGGAUUUGUGAAUUUUGCGAGUAUGAAAGUAUCUUCGGAACCCCUCCGCGUGCUCUUGUUCGGAUAUAUGAAUUGAAGGACCGAAAGUUACGAAAGGACGAACAAGAACGCCAGCGUCUCCUGCAAAAAGCAAAAUCAAAAAGCUGGAAAAAUAGGAAGAAUAAUACAGCCAGGGUUACAACCCAAAAGACCGCGCAAUCCGACUUGGCGGUGCUUGAGAGUGGGACAGAAGGCGUUGUCAUCGCCAACAGUCAAGGCAACCACCCCGGGAGCAUUACAGAUUAUGCACUAGACGAAACUCCACCAAGGUUGGGGUCACUAAGUGCUGGAAAUCAUAGAAUACCAAGCGGAACUUGA